AUGUCAAAAAAUUUCAAAGAAGAAGAAAUCGAUAAUUUUCGUCAAUGUUUUCAAUUAUUUGCUCCUCAGGGUCAUGUUGACACACCGGAUAAAUUAUGUUUUAUAAUGCGAUCGUUGAGCAUGGCACCAACGAUUGUCGAACUGAAACGUUAUUUUGCGAAAUAUCGAAAAGAUAGUGGUGUUGUCGAAUUCGACGAUUUCCUGAAAAUCGUUUUGGAGCAUCGUUCAACUGAAAAUACCGCGAACGAAAUCUUAGCUGCAUUUCAACAAUAUGAUACACAACGACUUGGUUACAUCGAUUCUAAACAAUUGAAAUACAUAUUAACACAUACAGGCGAGAAAUUAACUGAUCGAGAUGUUGAACUCAUGCUUCGUGAAUUAAAUGUUGGUUCGGACGGUCGUGUUUUCUAUGACACUCUUGUUCAUAUGAUGACACAACCAUUAGCUGCACGUCGUUAG